CACAAUUUGCGCGCCGCGUUCUAUGCUGCAACAACCAAACAUUUCAACAAAAGACUUGAACACAUCGGAGUGUUUUUUAUUGGCUUGGUUUAGAGUGAAGUGUUUGUUGAUCGAAACUUACAAUCUGCACUAUAAAUAGUUCCUAUACUGUAUCAACUGUAGAGAUACUAGAUAAGUAAAUAAAUCAUUCUUUAGAUCUACACACAAUUUCAAAGUAUAGUUCCGGUGUUCAUCAGUUGUGAGCUUCUAGAAUCAAGCUGGGGUCAAACUUUGUCAGAAUGAAUAUGAAUACAGCCAAAAACAAUUUCUUAAUACUUGUUUUCUCUGCAUUUAUGGAAGGCCUUCUCAAUGCCACUGAUUAUACCAGUUGCUACGAAGUGAACCCAUACCGUGGCAGCUCCAUUGACAUGAUGUGCGGACUUCGAAACUUAAAGACAUCAUCCUGUGACAUCAAAAUAGAACUUCAGAGCGCCAUCACAAAGGAACUGCCAACAUAUCAAACUCUUGCAUUCUAUAACAUCUCCAGCGGUCAAAACAAGACGACUGAAAAUCUUCCCCUAGGAAAGCCUUGGACUCUAAAGUUUGCCUACCAGAUCUUAGAGAACGACCAGGAUACUCCAAUGUCUUACAGAAUAGUGUUAGUUAUGAAGAAUGCUAGUUGCGUGGAGUCUGGUCGCUUUAAGUGUGUGAUAGACUACAAUUGUCAAGAGACGCAAAACUUGUCUUUAAGUUUCUUUAUGACAGUUGGAGAUAUGUGUCAGAGAGACAUGGCCACGUUAAGUCCUCAAGGUUUCUUCAAUAAGACUGUAACAGUAACGUUUCAAGUUCCCAUUAUAUUUGGAGAAAUAAACGUCAGUAAGAUAAGCUUACAAAAUGAUACCUGGAGAUUUUUCUGUUCAUAUAAAGGUACGACCCCUUUCUACACCAGAUGGCACAGCAGCAUAGAGACGUCUAGUAGGGAGAACUCAUCCCUUGUCACAAGUGGCAUCUCUGUACAGAAGAGUCAAAAGGUAUCAGAACUGGGUUGGUGUAGUGUAAUUGAGUACAAAUCAACUCUGACCAUCAACUUACCAAAUGAAAAAAGGCGCAUCACUUACCAUUGUAUUAGUUUCUCCACUGACAAAAAGCCAGUGCUGAGUAAUUUCAUUACAUUGGAGCCCUCUUUCAAUAUAUCUACAGGGGAAGCAACCUCACUGACAAGUAAAACCUUUCUGUACUUUCUGAUAUUUUCUGGUAAAUUAUUACUUAUGUAAAUUUUAAAAAGUUGGAAUGUAUAAAAAAAAAUGGCGUUCGUUAUGUAAUUUACAAAAUGAGAUUUACUUUCACAUAAUAGUAUCAAUAAAUACUUAUUAACCAAAA